CACUCAACUUAUACUCGACUAGAUUCGUUGGAAUCGCUCCUCAACGAACUUCUCUAUAUGUUUUAUCUGGGCCUGUUUUUUGUGAACGUUUUAAUCCUAUACUAUGCCUUUCUAAUGGAAUACAUCGUCUUGAAUGUGGGGAUAGUGUUUCUACCGGAAGAUAUGGACCAGGCGCUGGUGGAUCUAGGGGUACUAUCUGACCCGGCCUCUGUCCCUUACGACACGGACACAGAACUCGAUGUGUUCGAGAGGUACCUGGAGUGAGCUGGACCCAGGGCUAGAGAGGUAUCUGGAGUGAGCUGGACCCAGGGCUAGAGAGGUACCUGGAGUGAGCUGGGCCCAGGGCUAGAGAGGUACCUGGAGUGAACUGGGCCCAGGGCUAGAGAGGUACCUGGAGUGAGCUGGGCCCAGGGCUAGAGAGGUAUCUGGAGUGAGCUGGGCCCAGGGCUAGAGAGGUAUCUGGAGUGAGCUGGGCCCAGGGCUAGAGAGGUAGAGAGAAGCCCCGGGGUCGAACUGGAUUCCUACCGAACUGUGAUGAUGAUGAUGGGAGAGACUGAUACUGGAAACUUCGAGAGGAGGAUAAUUGUGUUGGCUUGGAGCAACAUUGGCUGCUGGAUGAAAAAGUUGUCACGGCUCAAGACAAGAUAUCUGGAGAGAGUCAGAACCAACAGUGGGCACAGACAGAUAGACAGGA